CGUCAACAGCCGCAAUAGUAUCGUGCAAGCAUCACUGUCUGGAUCGCACUUACCAGUCCGCAAUACAAGCUCAUCCUUGGGAUGGAUGCUCAAGAGUUAAAUUCUUUGAGUGCGAUGUAGAGGAAUGCAAGCGGCAUUAACAAGCAGAGUCUGUAGUUGGAGGUUGAUCACUGGUAAAGGCGGAUUUUGUGUCAUGGCGUCCCGCAAACAGUUGAUGACAACCAAAAGACGAAAAUUGAACACGCAGCAGAAUGUAUUAGCAGCCGGUUCAAGGCCCAACACCACAGAUUUAGCAACCUCUCUCAAAGAUGACACUAUCGCUGAGGGCAAGGCAGCUGCAUUAUAUGCCACCAGGCAGUCAAAGUUGCCUUCAUCACAGUCAGUGCCAGUACCAGCCUCAGCAUCUGCGAAGAAGAAGACAUCUGAGCUCAGCCAUGUCCAGGAGGCACCUUCUGGUGCAGUAUUGGCCUCACUAAAAAUUCCAGCAGCAACAGCAGAAAGAGCCAGCACAGGAAUAGUGCGCAGGAUCGACAGCCUGGUCACAGGGCGACUUGUGAAGCGAUACAAACGCUUCUUGGCUGAUGUCCAGGUCACCAGCGAGCACACAGUGGUGCACUGCCCAAACACUGGGCCCAUGACAGGUCUACUGGACUUUCCCAUGGCUAAUGUGUGGCUGUCAACCUCCGCCAAUGCCAAGCGGAAGUAUGCGCACACGCUCGAAGCCAUUCAGCCCGACCCGCAUGGACCUUGGGUGGGCGUGCACAGUGCGAGCGCCAAUGGCAUCGUGCACGAGAUGCUGCAGCAACAAUUGUUAGCAGACCUCCUGCCAUAUGCUGGCAUUCGGCAGGAGGUUAAGUAUGGCGAGGGGGGCAAAUCGAGGGUAGACUUUGUGCUGGAGACACCAGAUGGGGGGAGCAUGUAUGUGGAGGUCAAGAGUGGCGGUGCUUCUGAGCACGCUCCAAAAAUAGCCCUGUUCCCGGAUACUGUCAGUGAUCGAGCGCAGCGCCAUGUGAGGGACCUGAUGGGCAUCGUUGCAGCGGGCGGCCAGGCUGUGAUGGUGUUUAUCAUCCAGCGGGGGGACUGCGCCUACUUUGGCCCCUGCCACGCCAAGGAUCCCACGUAUGGCAAGCUGGUCAUUGAAGCUGCUGCAAUGGGGGUGCGCGUGAUUGCGCUGCGGUGUGGCCUGGAGGGGGAUGCGGCGAAUGGCCGGGGGAUUGUGCGAUACAUCGGGCCCGCGCAGGUCAUGCUGCAGCACGGGCUUUGA